ACAACCGUGAUGUGAUUUGGCAUGUCUAAACAAGGCACCAUAUUUGUUUUGAUUUUUAUUAUUCUCACCUAAUUCAACGAUGGCUGAUACUUCAAAAAUCCUCGCAACGAUUUCAACUAGUCUUUCCAUUCUCGGUUGUAUCGUAAUCUUCAUCGCGCAUAGAUUUUGGAAGGAUUUACACUCGAAUUCACGUAACAUUCUUUUGUACAUCACAAUCGCCGAUCUAUUUACAGCGAUGGGAUAUUUAUUCAACCUUCAAAGCACUUGGAAAGAUAGCUGUGUGUUUCAGAGCUUCAUAACGACAACGUCAAGUAUGAUGUCCUUCUUCUGGACCUCUUGUAUGGCGCUGUAUUUACACGUCGUGUCGAUUAAUGCAAAUUAUGAGCUUGGUAAACGCAUUAUCUUCGCGUUCCAUUGCAUAGCGUGGCCUGUACCAUUACUGGUCACGCUCAUCGCGUUGUUAGCUCAUAAGCUUGGCGAAGGAUGCUGGAAUAACGACUGGUGUUGGAUUAAGGAUCUGGACUGUUCUGAUAAUUUAAACUCGACAAGUGAUCCUCGCUAUGAGACAGUUUCUUGGAUGCUGCUCACUGGGAAAUUAUGGGAGAUAUUGUCUUAUAUUCUCAUUCUCAUUGUUUAUGCUCGGAUAUUCAUGUAUGUGAGAAGGCAACGAAAAUUGGUGGAAGAGCAGUCAAAUGCAAUGUCAGUUGCACGUUUUCGCGCUGUUGAAAUGAGGACAAUCUCAAUACCUAUUUUCUUCAUAUGCAUUCGUAUCUGGGGAACUCUACAGUUUUUUAAUUAUGCUUUCACUGGUGACAGCAAUGAAAUCGCUGGUAUAAAAUAUCUCCAUGCUUUUGGUGACGGAGCACAAGGCUUUGUAAACGCAGUCCUCUUUUGUCUGAUAGCUGACAAGUCGAAACUAAUUUUUCUUAAGUGUUGCCGUCGCGAGCAAAAUGGCGAACGACAAAGCUUACUAGCGGAACGUAGAAGUGUUCAAAAUAACCCUGGCAGUGGGAACGUUAUCUGAUACGAUCUUAGCUCUAAUUUCACGACGAUCUAUUUUAAUUAUCAAGUUCUGAGGUAUAUUAGACUUGUACUUAAACCGCAACCUAUUUCACUGGAAACACUAAGUGCUCUUACGUCUGAACUAAUCUCUUGGCUUCAGUGUCCGUUUCACUCUUUCGUUCAACAACAAUAUGAAUGGAAUUAUUUUCGCCUCUAAAUAUAGAUUAUUUCAAUGCAGUAUAAUAGAAUUACUUCCUUUAAUCGUAAGGAAUAAAUGAAGCCAUGCAUUUUAGACAGACGGGGAAACAAAGAAUGGAAAUGUAUCAAUAUUUAAUAUGAAAUGCAAUUAAAUGUUUUCGUAAGGUGCUCUAUGUUAUCUUAACCACUGAUCAAUUUAUCGCAUGCAAGUGAACUAUACAUCGCCAAAGGACAGGAUGCGUUUUAAGAUAACAUCAGUUAAGAUUGGUCCUACAAAGAGGUGUAAUUGCUCCACCAUGUGACUGUAAUUUUACUUGAAUACGACACAGACAUGCAGUCAAGGUCGCUGAAGGGUUCAUGGAGGCAAUAUCAAACUAAUUUUAUUUCUAUAUAAAACGGAUUUGUGAGUGUAUGAAAGGUGCUCGGAGCAUGGAAUUAAUUAUUCUGACUGAAUGUCACUUCUUGUCAGUGAACUCCUUUCUUGAAGUUGAGAGGAAAAUAUUAGUUUGAAAUU